UUUAUACUUUGUGGCAUGGUGCCUACUUGCCGCAAGGAGCGCAACAGAGCUGCACGACGGAGAAUUGUGUCGAAACAAACAUUUUCAUUUCUUCCGUUUUUGUUAAGACUCCACAGGAUGAAUAUAUAUUUUUGUGGGAGUAUCAGGGGAGGAAGGCAGGAUGUGAAGAUUUAUCAGAAAAUUGUGAAGAAACUGCAGACCUAUGGACAAGUUUUGAGCCACGAUGAUAUAUCAGAGAAAGGUGAGGGGGCUAUGCCAGGAGGAGACGAGGCUAUCUAUGACCGUGAUAUGGAGUGGCUGGUUCAGUGUGAUGUUGUAGUUGCUGAAGUAACCCAACCCUCUUUUGGUGUGGGAUAUGAAAUCGGUCAAGCCAUGGUCAUGAAAAAGAGGAUUCUGUGCCUUUUCCGACCCUCUUCAGGGAAAGUGCUGUCUGCAAUGAUACAGCAUGCUGAGGGCAAGUUGGGCAGGACUCUCUUCCAGGUACGGGAUUAUGAGGAAGAGGAUGUUGAAGGCAUCCUGGAGAAUUAUUUUGGUGAACUUACCAAGAACUAAUGUGCAUUAAAACACACUACAUGGUCAAAUGGAUGUAAACACCUGACCAUCACAACUGAAUGCUCUUGUUGAACAUCUUUCCAAAACCAUGGGCAUUAAUAUGGCCCUUUGCUUUUAUAAUGUCCAUUCUUCUGUGAAGGCUUUCCACUAGAUCUUAAAACGUGACUGUGAGGAUUUGUCCAUUCAGCCAUGUCUACAUGGGCCUCACUUUGUGCACAGGGGCAUUGUCAUGAAGGAACAGGUUUAGGCCCCUUAGUUGCAGUGAAGGGGAAAUGUAAUGCUACAGCAUGCAAAGAUAUCCUACAAAAGUACCAUUACUUUGUGGUAAUAAUUUGGGGAAGAUCCACAUAUGGUGUGUUAUGGUCAGGUGUCCACAUAUUUUUGGCCGCGUAGUGCAGAUCACUCAUAAUGUAUCUUCAUUAUCCAGCUCUGGAUAGAAUGCUUUUUGUAAGUAGAGAUUUUCAGUUUAACAGAGGCACUUGAGUUUUAUAUAAAUUACUGACACAAGAUGCUUUUGUGUUUGUUAUAAUGUCAGUGACUCUCAAGUUGAAAGAUUUAAAAUAAGAUUCCACAAGCAUUAAAAACAUUGUGAUAUUUUCUAUCAUAAUAAAGUGUUACUGUUCAUUAUU